AUGGCAGAACAACAUCAUCCCAGCCAUCUGCAUGAAGCGGUGAAAACGAACCUCGUCACCAAGUUUCAACCGUUUUCUCUCACCCUCGCCAACGGUGCCAACUUGACUGGCAUAUUAUAUCUUCCCUCCGAGUCAUCUGCAACCUCCAAUUCCUCCGCUAAACCCCUCGUCGUAGGCAUCCACGGCGCAACCUGCUCAGCCUACACUUGGGAUGUCUCACCAACAUACACGGCAUCCAACCCGAGCGAUAUGUUUGGUGUUCCGUUCGUCGCCUUUAACCGUCCGAAUUUCCUUGAUAGCAGCGGUUGGGUGAUUGAUCGCGCAGCAACGGAAGUUCAGUUCGACCAACCCGCAGCGGGCGACGGGUAUUUUGCUGAGGAAGCGCGGUGGUUCCAUGAAUACAUCUUUCCUGCGCUAUGGACGAAAUUUGCAGUGCCAAAUGGGUGUACAUCCAUUGUCACUACUUCGCACUCCAUGAGCGUUCCGCCUACAGUCAUUGCAGCAGGACUCUAUGCAUCAGCGGCCACUCGCGAUCAACCAGCGUACACAUGGGCUGGUAUCAUCAUAUCAGGUUUCGGCAUCGAAGCAACGGAGAUUCGCACCCAAAAGUCUGCUGCUCUCGCUACGAACGAGCUCACCCCCGACGAUAUACCACUGGGACAGGACGUCACUGUCCACACGCCGCCGUUUAAGACAACUGACAAACAGGAUCUCAUGCUUGGUCCCUCGGAGUUGACUGAGUCUUCGCUACGAGCGCUGAUAUCUAAGCAAACAACCCCGUUUCUCCAAGGCGAAAUCAUGGAUAUGAUAGGUGUAUGGCCAAACAAAGCAACCGCUUACAAGGCACUGGUUCGUCUACCCGUCCUCUAUGGAUUGGGCUCGCACGAUUGGAUCUGGAGAGCAGAGAGGCGCACCGUGGAUGAAUUUUUGAAAGGAUUCACGGCAAGUGAAAGAGUAGAGGGCGCAGUUGUUCAGGGCGCUGGUCAUGCUAUUGAACUUUCUCCUGUUAAUGCUGGCUGGUGGGCAAGAAUGUUUGGCUGGGCGAUGGAGGUAGCUGGUGGUCUCGAAGUGCAAAAGCGAGGCAUACCUGUGUAUCCGUGA